AUGGCGGAGCCCAUCUCGGUGCUGUUUGUGUGCCUCGGCAACAUCUGCAGGUCGACCAUGGCCGAGGGCAUCUUCCAGCACCUGGCCAAGCAGCCGCAGUACAAGGGCCGAAUUGGGCGCAUCGACUCAUGCGGGACUGCUGCGUAUCAUACCGGCGACUCGCCCGACUCGCGGACCAUGUCGACCCUCGAGGACAACGGCAUCACCGACUACGACCACGAAGCGCGGCGCUUUUCGACGACCGACUUUGAAAAGUUCGACUACAUCUUCGCCAUGGACCGGUCCAACCUGUCGGACCUACAGCGCCUGCAGCGCGGGAACCCGGGCACCAAGGCCAAGGUGAUGCUGUACGGCGAGUUUGGUGGCGGCGCCAAGGCUGAGAUCGUCAACGACCCGUACUACGGCGGCCGUGAUGGGUUCGAAAGGGCGUUUGAGCAAUGCUCGCGACUGACGACCGAGGACUCCAAGGCAGCCCAGCUAGAGUACCCGCGCGCCUAA